AUUUAUCAGAAUUCAAUUGAUAUUUUCUAUUUAUUUAUGGAUACACAAUUAGUAGAAGACACACAACGUCCAGUAUUCCCAUUUACUGCAAUUGUAGGUCAAGAAGAAAUGAAGUUAGCACUUCUGUUGAAUGUUAUUGACCCUAAAAUUGGUGGUGUUAUGAUUAUGGGAGAUCGAGGGACUGGGAAAUCAACUACUGUAAGGGCACUUGUAGAUCUUUUACCAGAAAUUGAAGUGGUGGUUGAUGAUCCAUUUAAUUCAGAUCCUCGUGAUCCUGAAUUAAUGAGUGAAGAAGUAAGAGAAAAAAUUCGACGCGACCAAGAGAUUCGUGUUGUAAACACUAAAAUUUCUAUGGUUGAUCUUCCCCUUGGAGCAACUGAAGAUAGAGUGUGUGGUACUAUUGAUAUAGAAAAAGCUUUAACAGAAGGAGUUAAAGCUUUUGAACCCGGUCUAUUAGCUAAGGCAAAUAGAGGUAUUCUAUAUGUCGAUGAAGUAAACUUAUUGGAUGAUCAUUUAGUGGAUGUAUUAUUAGAUGCAGCUGCUUCUGGAUGGAAUACAGUUGAAAGAGAAGGUAUUUCUAUUUCACAUCCUGCUCGUUUUAUCUUAAUUGGAUCUGGCAAUCCGGAAGAAGGUGAACUUCGUCCUCAACUUUUGGAUAGAUUUGGAAUGCAUGCUCAAGUAGGUACUGUUAAAGAUGCUGAAUUAAGAGUCAAAAUUGUAGAACAAAGAGCAACUUUUGACCAAGAUCCUAGAACAUUUAGAGAUGCAUACAAAAUAUCUCAAGAAAAUUUGCGUCAACAAAUACAACAAGCUAGAGAACGUCUACCAAAAGUGCAAAUAGAUUAUGAUUUGCGUGUAAAUAUAUCUAAAAUUUGUGCAGAACUAAAUGUCGAUGGUUUAAGAGGAGAUAUUGUCACUAAUCGUGCUGCGAAAGCAUUAGCCGCAUUGGGAGGACGUGACCAAGUUACACCUAAAGACAUAUUAACUAUUAUUCCAUUAUGCUUACGACAUAGAUUACGUAAAGAUCCAUUAGAAUCUAUUGAUUCGGGUCUAUUAGUCAAAGAAAAAUUCAGUCAAGUUUUCGGAUAUACUUCUAAAUCUGCAUCUUAAUGGCUAAU